CUAUCGUGGGAGAUGAUGUCAUCGUAGGUGAUGCUGUCAUCGUGGGAGAUGCGGUCAUCAUAGGUGAUGCUGUCAUCGUGGGUGAUGCCGUCAUCGCGGGUGAUGCCGUCAUUGUGAGAGAUGCUGUCAUCGUAGGAGAUGCUGUCAUACUGGAUGAUGCCGUCCUUGUGGGUGAUACUGUCAUCGUGGGUGAUGCUGUCAUCGUGGGUGAUGCUGUCAUCGUGGGUGAUGCUGUCAUCGUGGAUGAUGCAGUCAUUGUGGGAGAUGCUGUCAUCGUAGGAGAUGCUGUCAUCGUGGAUGAUGCCGUCAUUGUGGAUGAUGACGUCAUUGUGGGUGAUGCUGUCAUCGUGGGUGAUGCUGUCGUCGUAGGAGAAGCGGACAUGAUACACGAUGGGGUUGUACUAGGCGUAGGCGACACCGCUACACAUGGACUGAUGCCAUCACCCACCACCAUAUACUCUUGGGCACACUUCGUGCGGUAG